AUGUGGGACACGGUUCUAAGUUUACCCUUGGCACGUCGAAUGAAACUGUUGAAAGUUUCAUGUUAUCAAGUGAGGUGUUAUCUGAGUUCGCCGCACGACCAUGUUGUCCCUUCCAAGCGCGUGUGGUUGGUUGAAAAGUGUUCGAUGCAAGGUUUAGCUGUUGAGUCAGGACAUCAUAAGACGGGGCUGGAGGGCCACUGCAAGAAGCCUCACGUUAAUGUCAGAACUAUUGGACACGUGGAUCAUGGGAAGACCACGCUAACUGCGGCAAUCACCAAGGUGCUUGCGGAUGAAGGGAAGGCUAAGGCUGUGGCCUUUGAUGAAAUUGACAAGGCUCCUGAAGAGAAGAAGAGAGGAAUCACCAUUGCAACGGCUCAUGUGGAGUAUGAGACUGCAAAACGACAUUAUGCGCAUGUGGACUGCCCUGGACACGCGGAUUAUGUUAAAAAUAUGAUUACGGGAGCUACGCAAAUGGAUGGUGGUAUACUUGUUGUAUCUGCACCUGAUGGACAAAUGCCUCAAACCAAGGAGCACAUUCUUCUUGCUCGCCAAGUUGGUGUGCCAUCUCUUGUUUGCUUUCUAAAUAAAGUUGAUGUUGUUGAUGAUCCAGAGUUGUUAGAGCUUGUAGAAAUGGAGUUACGUGAGCUACUGAGCUUCUACAAGUUCCCUGGGGAUGAAAUCCCGAUCAUUAGAGGUUCAGCGUUGUUUGCUUUACAGGGUACAAAUGACGAGAUUGGAAGACAGGCCAUUCUAACAUUAAUGGAUGCUGUAGAUGCAUACAUUCCUGACCCUGUUCGCCAACUUGACAAGCCCUUCCUAAUGCCAAUUGAAGAUGUGUUCUCAAUUCAGGGACGUGGAACAGUUGCCACUGGCCGUGUUGAACAAGGCGUCAUUAAAGUCGGUGAAGAAGUAGAGGUGUUGGGUCUAAUGCAGAUUAAUCAGAAACCUUUCAUUAAAGACAAAACAUCAAUUUAUAUUAAUUUCUUACAAACAAACAAUAAACCAGUCAAAAUUAUUCCCCCCAAAUAA